AUGCCGCUCUGUCUCACCUUCAUCGACUUAAAGAAGGCCUUCGACUCAGUUGAGACGGAAGCGGUCGUGGAAGCCUUGGACAACCAACGUGUCCCUACUCAGUACUUAAAGGUACUUCGAGAGUUGUACAAGGGGGUCCGACGGGGUGAUACAAUCCCACCCAAAAUAUUCACAGCCACCCUCGAGAACGCAAUGCGAAAGUUGGAAUGGGACGACAUGGGAGUGAAGGUUGAUGGUCGGCAGCUACACCAUUUGCGCUUUGCUGAUGACAUCGUACUGAUAACACCUAGCAUCAGCCAAGCGGAACGAAUGCUGACCGAAUUCGACGAGACAUGUGGAUGCAUCGGUCUUCAGCUGAAUCUACAAAAGACGAUGUUCAUGCGGAACGGAUGGGUCUCGGAUGCCCCAUUCACGCUCAACGGAACGAACAUAUCCGAAUGCACCAGCUACGUUUAUCUGGGUCGGUAA